CGACGUAACUACCCACCGAUCCGACUUCUCCCCGAAGGCCCCGGGAGGAGCACCAUCCCCCGCCCCAGCGCCUGGGGCGCUAAUUUCACGAGCCCAGGCAAGGAGCACGGCAGGGGCAGCCCCGACGCUCCAGCGGCGCACGAACGUGGCAAGCCCCCAGACAGACGCCGUCAGGUCCCAUGUUCACGUCCUCCAAGAUGAGCGAGGCCUCCCGGAGGCCCCACCGCACGCUGGCCAUGCGCGAGCGGGCGGCGGAGCGGAACGGCGCGCGCCGCGUCGUCGUCGACUCGCGGCGCAGGGACCUCAGCGACCACCUGCCCGUCCCCGGCGAGCCCCCGGCCUUUCCCUUCGAGAGCGGCGGGAGCUACGUGGGCGAGUGGCGGCGCGACCGGAAGGAGGGCUUCGGCAAGCAGACGUGGAGCGACGGCCGCCUCUACGAGGGCGAGUGGCGCGACGGCAAGCGCCACGGCAAGGGGAGCCUCUGGACCCGGUCCGGCGGGAAGCUCGUCAAGAACUACGCGGGCGACUGGGACCGCGGCCGCAAGUCGGGCCUCGGCGUCCAGAGGUACGCGAACGGCGACGCGUACGAGGGCGAGUACGCCGCCGGCGAGCGGCACGGCACCGGCAGCAUGCGCUACGCGGACGGCGGGACGUACGAGGGCGGCUGGGCCCGGAACAAGCGGAGCGGGCUCGGGGUCUACGAGGCCGCGAACGGCGACCGCUUCGAGGGCCACUGGUGCGACGGCGUCAAGGAGGGGCCCGGGCGGUACUUCUACGCGUCCACCGGCAAGAUCUACGAGGGCGAGUGGGUCGACGGCGCGCCGAGGUGCGGGUCGUUCCGGGACGCCACGCCGGAGGAGGCGAACGGCACGCUUCCGUCGGCCGACGAGCAGUUCUCGCUGCCCGCGCUGUCGCUGUUGGAGCCGGAGGCGUUACUCGCCAAGCGCGUCGCCGAGUUGCGCCAACUGCGGGCGAACGCGACCGAGGACGUGGUGCGGGCCUUCUCGGAGGACGAGCUGGCCGUCCUGAGACACGUCUUCACCCUCGAGGACAAGCAGAAGGCGGGGCUCGUGCCCGCCGUGAGGGUCGGCUACCUGCUCGAGCGGUGCCGGCUGCCCGUGGACGCAGUCUCCGUGGAGCGGCUCCUGGGCGAGCUCGGCGCCGACGACGACACGCGCGUGACGCUGGCCGAGUUCGUUGACAUGGCGGCGCUGCUCAUGUCCGCCUAG